CGCAUACAGCAUCGGAAUUACUGACUGCUUGUUUCACCUUUUUUGUGGAUCUGAUGCAAUGAGUGCUUUUACUCAUUUCUUAAAUCCUUCGAAGAUGGCUUGGAAGAAUUAUUAUUUUGCCGUCUAAUUAAAAACGUACAUUUUAAUAUUCGGUACGGUUUUUAUUCAUUCGUUUUUUUGUCACUGAAGCUGCACAGGACCAUGGAUCCUCCACCGACUUCAGAGAAAUCGCAUCUCAUCAACGAAAGAAAUGCCAAAAUAUACUCCUUAAAAAUUAACAGUGAAUUCUCAGGUUCCAAAGAAAGUUGUCCAAACUUGCCUUUGGGAAAUGGCGAUAUGGCUGGUGCUAUCGAGCUGAAGAGGCCCGUUGGAUCUCAUUGCCAUGGAAAAAAAGCAGCUUUCGAUGAGAGCCAUGAGAAACUCAUAGCAAAGAAGAAACUGUACAUCGCCUCCAUAGUCUGUCUGGUUUUCAUGAUUGGAGAAGUUAUAGGUGGUUAUCUAGCGCACAGUCUAGCCAUUAUGACUGAUGCAGCCCACCUUCUGACUGAUUUUGGCAGUAUGAUGGUCAGUCUUUUCUCCUUGUGGAUCUCCUCAAGACCACCAACCAAGAUAAUGAACUUUGGCUGGCACAGAUCAGAGAUUCUGGGAGCUCUGAUAUCUGUGAUGUCCAUCUGGAUCGUGACUGGGGUGUUGGUGUACCUUGCCAUUGAGAGGAUAGUAAGAAAUGAUUAUGAAAUUGAAGGCCAUGUGAUGCUCAUCACCUCAGGUUGUGCAGUUGUGGUUAACAUCAUAAUGGCCUAUAUUCUACACCAUUCCACGACCUUUCACGGUCACGGUUCAGGCUACCACAAGAUUGAUGAGAAUGGGAUGAGCCCUGUGGGCCAUGGCCACUCCCAUAGCCUCCUGGGUAAUCAUGGGAACACCAGUGUCAGAGCAGCAUUUAUUCAUGUUUUGGGGGAUCUCUUACAGAGCUUCGGAGUGAUGGUGGCCGCCAUUAUAAUCUACUUCAGGCCAGAAUACAAAGUAGCCGAUCCCAUUUGCACUUUCCUCUUCUCUGUGUUCGUCCUGGGCACCACCAUUACCAUCCUGAGAGAUGUCUUCCGCAUUCUCAUGGAGGGGGCACCCAAAGGAAUAGAGUUUAAUUCAGUAAAGGAGGUGCUGCUGUCUCUGAAAGCAGUGAAGGCCAUGCAUAGCCUACAUCUAUGGGCUCUCACCAUUGGCCAGAGUAUGGUGUCUGUUCACAUAGCUAUUGAGGAGAACGCUGACCCUCAUAGUGUCUUAAAGGAAGCCACUGAACUCCUUCAGACCAAAUUUGGCUUUUACAACACAACCAUUCAAGUGGAGCCUUAUUGCGAGGACAUGAUCCACUGCACCCAAUGCCAGGACCCUAUGGACUAA